AUGGAUGCCCGGCACAUGUUGUCAAAGACCGUUGAUGAGAUACCAGCCAGUUCCUUCUUCGGGAAAGCAGCUGUUAUCGACAUAACUAGAAAAGCAUCACUUAGUCCUGAUGCCUUAGCUACCGUAGAAGAUGUCAAGAACUGGGAACGCACAACGCAAAGGAGUUUGAACGGGACCAUAGUUUUAUUGAACUCUGGUUGGGGCCACAAAUGGAACGACCGUGAUGCUUUUUUCGGCAUCUCAAGUGAUGGCACCUCAAAAUUGCAUUAUCCAGGAUUCUCACCAGGAGCUUGCAAGUGGUUAACAGAGAAUAGAAGUAUCAAAGGUGUGGGCUCUGAUACCGCGUCCAUUGAUCCAGGUACAACCACCAGUGCACCCUGCCACGGUUAUGUACUAGGGCACAGAUUGUUUAUUUUGGAAAAUGUAGCCAAUGUUGAUAAAAUUCCAAUUUCAGGUGCUACACGUUAUGUCUUCCCAAUGAAAAUUGGUAAAGGUAGUGGGGCACCAACUCGAAUAGUAGCAUCAGUGCGUGUGAAAAAUUGUUAAAAGCGAGUAGUUUCAAUAUGGAUAACAAAAAGAGGGUUCAAAAAUUAUGAAACGGAAUCAAGUUGCACAGUAAAAAAUUAAAUAUUUAUAGUCUAACUAAUAAUGGGGCGAAAAUUGGAUAUACAAUGAAACCUCUCGGGAGCGACCAAUCUCGUUUCCACAGUAAAAUUCUCGCUAAGGGAGGUUGGUCGUUCUUA